AUGAGCAAGAGGCGGCAGCAGCGGCUGCACGUCGUUGCGAUACGCGUGGGGCAGUUGAACGAGGACGAGCAGAGCACUCCGCGCUCCCCCCGUGCGUCGCUGGGCUUCUCCCCGCUGCGACCCACCAAGCCGCGCAGCAACACGCCCGUGAGUCAGCUGCGCAGCAACACGCCCACGCCCACACACGUCAUAGCCAAGGGAACGCGUGCAUCUGCAGCUGCACCAGCCAAUGCUGCUGUUGUUAGAAUCGCUCCUGUUAAGCCUGCAGCUGCAGCAGCUAAAGGCACGCCAACCAAGGCCACUCGUGUGGCUCCUGGAGCUGCUAAGAGUGUUUCUGUUAAGAGCUGCCCAGUGGGGUCGGUGGCAAAAAAAGUGGCAGGAGAGAAUGCGAGGGAGCAGGGCGAUGAGAGGGCAGCACCCAUGGCGGUGCGUGCAGCAGCAGGGAAGGGGUGGAGGCAGCAGGAGGGCGAGCAGCAGGUGUGGGGUCGGGUUCAGGGCGUGGUGGCGGUGGUGCGAGUGGCAUCCGUGAGCCAGGGCAGAGCAGGGCAGCGCACACGGCUGCAGCGGCUAAGGCAGUGCAGGCUCCGCCUCACAGCACUCGUAAACCGGCUGCUCCAGCAGCAGCAGUGGCUGCCACUCGCAUUCCAAAACCAUGGAUAG